AUGGAGAACUACAUCAGAGUUGACAAAGACACACUUGAUACCAUUACCUAUGCCAUUCUCGGGUUUGCUGGAUUCGUCGCUAUUUCUCAGCUGUUCCUAACUACCGGUGCGUCCUACGGACGGUACAUCCGGGAAGGGUAUGGGUGUUAUAUCAACUCCAGGCUGGCUUGGUUCGUCUGGGAACUUCCGUCCAUUACCAUUCCAAUAGUACUUUUAGCAUUCACGACCUCGCCAAGGAUAGGGGAAUCACCGAACCAGAUAUUGUUUGGAUGUUUUGUUUUACAUUAUAUACACAGAUCACUUAUUUACCCGUUCUUGAUAAGGGGAGGUAAGCCUGUCUCUCUGGUAACUUUUGUGUUUGCUGUGCUGUUUUGUAUAUUCAAUGGAUAUUUGCAAGCAGCAUAUCUCUUACACCACGCCGAUUUCGGGGAUGACUGGCAUAGGGAUCCACUAUUUUACAUUGGUUUACUGAUAUUUUUCUCGGGAUUAAUCAUAAAUAUUCACUCAGACCACACUUUAAGGACUCUGAGAAAACCAGGCGAAACCGGAUACAAAAUUCCCAGAGGUGGUCUGUUUACGUACGUAUCUGGAGCCAACUUUCUCGGCGAGAUUACUGAAUGGUUUGGGUUUGCACUUGCUAACGGAACUUUGUCAUCCGUGGCUUUUUUCUUCUCCACCACAGCCUCCAUAGCGCCACGAGCUUUCCAGCAUCACCGGUGGUACAUAGAAAAAUUUGACGACUAUCCUAAAGAUCGGAAAGCUCUGAUUCCACUUGUUAUAUAA